GACCGCGCCGGCAGGGUGUGCGGUUUGCCCCGGGGAUCUAAAGGCGCGCGCGCGCAGAGAAUACACGUCGCGAACACUUUUGCCCGUCUGUUCCGAGGUGGAGAUGCCCCGUGGGGUGUGGUCAGCGCUCCUCUUAGCGCUUUGCGUGGGCAGCUGGGUCCACUGCAUGCCCAGGACCAAGAGCCGGCGGCAGGCGCUCGAGAGGGUGAAGACAGCCCUGGAGGACGGCUCGUCCGCGUCCCAAGAUGGCUGUGUCGAUAAAGAUCGGUAUUUCCGCGUGAACGAGCAAUGGGAGCGCGCCCACCUGAGCGGCACCCUGCUGUGCACGUGCCACGGAGCCGCUGGGAUCAAAUGCAAAUCCAAGCCUGAAGCCGAAGAAACCUGCUACGACAAGGUGAUCGCGCGCUCAUACCGGGUGGGCGAGACGUACGAGCGGCCCAAGGAUGGGAUGAUCUGGGAUUGCACAUGUAUCGGCUCCGGCCGGGGCAAGAUCAGCUGUACCAUCGCCAACCGCUGUCAUGAGGGCGGAAACUCCUACAAGAUCGGGGACACAUGGAGGCGACCCCACGACACCGGGGGCUACAUGCUGGAGUGCGUCUGCUUAGGCAACGGCAAGGGGGAGUGGACCUGCAAACCGCUGGCUGAGCGUUGCUAUGACAACGCAGCAGGCGUGUCCUACGUGGUGGGUGAGACCUGGGAGAAGCCGUACCAGGGAUGGAUGAUGGUGGACUGUACCUGCUUGGGCGAGGGCAGCGGACGCAUCACCUGCACGUCAAGAAACCGCUGCAAUGACCAGGACACACGCUCCUCCUACCGCAUUGGGGACACAUGGACCAAGACGGAUGCCCGCGGCCACAGGCUGCAGUGUCUAUGCACAGGGAACGGGCGUGGCGAGUGGAAGUGUGAGCGGCAUGCAUCCCUCCACACCAGCGUCCUGGGCACUGGCUCUCGGCUGACCAACGUUCAGGAGGCAGUAUACAGACCCGUGCCCCACCCAGAGCCCCCUGCAGAGGGAACCUGUGUGACCGAAUCUGGCAUGACCUACUUCCUGGGCAUGCGCUGGAUCAGGACCCAGGGUAGCAAGGAAAUGCUGUGCACCUGCCUGGGCAACGGGAUCAGCUGCGAAGAGUGGGAGGGCCACUCCCAGGUGUAUGGAGGCAACUCGGGGGGCAAGCCCUGCGUGUUCCCCUUCGUGUUCAUGGGGAAGACCUACUACUCUUGCACCUCCGAUGGGCGUGCAGAUGGGCAGCUGUGGUGCAGCACCUCCUCUGACUAUGAGACCAACCACGAGUACUCCUUCUGUACAGAGAAGAAUGUACUGGUGACCACAAGAGGAGGCAACUCCAAUGGGGCUCUGUGCCACUUCCCCUUCUUGUACAGUGGACGCAACUACACAGACUGCACAUCAGAUGGGCGCCACGACAGCAUGAAGUGGUGCGGCACUACCUACAACUAUGACAGAGAACAGCGAUUCGGCUUCUGCCCCAUGGCUGCUCACGAAGAAGUGUGCACCACCAGUGAGGGUAUAAUGUACCGUGUGGGUGACCAGUGGGACAAACGACAUGAUGUGCUGGGCCAUAUGAUGCGCUGCACGUGUGUGGGCAAUGGCCGUGGAGAGUGGAGCUGUAUCGCCUAUUCCCAGCUGAAAGAUGAGUGCAUUGUGGAUGGCCUUACCUACGAAGUGAACCAGACCUUUACCAAAAGGCACGACGAGGGCUACAUGAUGAACUGUACCUGCUUCGGAGAGGGCCGUGGACGCUGGAAAUGCGACGCCAUUGAUCAGUGUCAGGAGCCAGAGACUAGAGUCUUCUACCAAAUCGGAGAGUCCUGGGACAAAAUCAUCCACGGAACACCCUACCGGUGCUAUUGCUAUGGCAAUGGCAUCGGCGAGCUGAACUGUGAACCCCAGCAGCCCUACUCAGGUGGCCACCGGCCCGUCCAGGUCAUCAUCACAGAGUCUGCAAACCAGCCCAAUUCCCACCCCAUCCAAUGGAACGCCCCACCGUCAGCCCAUGUCACCCAGUACAUCCUUAAGUGGAGACAAAAGGACACCCGUGCUCCCUGGAAGCAGGUUACCAUUCCAGGCCACCUCAACUCUUACACAAUCGCUGGGUUGAAGCCAGGUAUCACAUAUGAGGGUCAACUAAUCAGCAUCCUGCGAUAUGGACGGCGUGAGCUCACCCGCUUUGACUUCACCACAACUUAUGGUUCCCUGGCAACCACUGAGGGUGAAACCACGCCUCCACCCCCCGUGGUGGAUAUCUCGGAGUCUGUGACAGAGAUCACCUCCAGCAGCUUUGUUGUGUCCUGGGUGUCUGCUUCGGACACGGUGUCAGGAUUCCGCGUGGAAUAUGAGCUGAAUGAGGAGGGAGCAACACCCAUCGUCUUGGACCUACCUCGCACGGCCACAUCUGUUAAUAUUGACAAGCUGUUGCCUGGUCGCAAAUACAUCUUGAAUGUGUAUGAAGUACCAGUUGAGGGGGAGCCCACCCUCAUCCUGACCACCUCUCAGACUACCGCUCCUGAUGCUCCAUCUGAACACGAGGUUGGCGAAGUGGAAGAGACUUCCAUCAUGAUCAGCUGGACCAAACCCGAGGCACCAAUCACAGGGUACCGUGUAGUCUAUACACCAUCUAUGGAGGGUGGCAGCACUGAGCUCAACCUGCCGGACACUGCCACCUCAGUGACCCUGAGCGACCUGCGGCCCGGCCUGCUGUACAAUGUCAGCAUCUAUGCCGUGGAGGAGAACUUGGAGAGCGAGCCAGUGUUCGUUCAGGUCACCACUGCUGGCGAGCCGCUGCCAGAGGAAGUCCCACCUCCAACAGACCUUCAGUUCUACGAAGUGUCCGACAUGAAGAUCAUAAUCAUGUGGACGGCCCCAAAUAGCGAGGUGCAUGGGUACCGUGUGUCCGUCUCCCCCCUGGGUCCCCGCGGUGACAAUGACGAGGAUUUUGAUCUGCCUGUUACACGGAAUGCAUACGCAGAAGUCACACCCCUCAAACCCGGGACUCUGUACCGCUUCUACGUGUACACAAUCAACAGAGGGGUGGAGAGCGAGCCACUGGUUGGCGAACAGGCCACUAAGCCUGAUGCUCCCACCAACCUUCAGUUCAGCAACAUCACCGAGCAGAGUGUCCUGAUCAUAUGGGGAGCACCCAGGGCUCUCAUCUCAGGCUAUCGCCUCUUUGUGAGCACUGAGGGCUCGAACCCCAAGCAGCAGAGGAUCCCUGCUCGCCGCUCCCAGUACACUCUGCUGAACCUGCGACCCGACACCCAGUACACAGUCACACUGCACUCAGAGAAGGAUAACGUGCUCAGCGAGGGCGUGAGCACCACCUUCAUCACCGCUCAACCACUCGGAAAUGCACCACGCUUUACCACUGACGUCUCAAGCACCUCCAUCGUGAUCUCUUGGACCCCUGUGCCCAAAAUUGCAUACAAGCUGACUGUUAGGCCAAGCCAAGGUGGGGAGGCCCCCAGGGAUGUGAUCUCAGACAGCGGCACAGCCUACAUCACAGGGCUGACUCCUGGGGUAGAGUACACCUACAGCAUCCAGCCGGUCAUCAACGGCCAGGAGCAGGGCACACCCAUCACUCGCCGUGUGGUCAUGCCCCUGUCUCCCCCCACCGACCUCAGUGUGACAACCAGCCCCGCCACUGGCAAGCUUACUGUACAGUGGGUCGAUUCUGAGACGCCUGACAUCACUGGGUACCGUGUGACCUAUGCCCCAACCAGCGGCCAACAGGGCGACUCUCUGGAGGAGUUUGUGUCGCCGGACCAGACCUACUACUCUCUGGAGAACCUGCGCCCAGGCAUCGAGUACAAUAUCAGUGUCUACACAGUCAAGGAUGGCACGGAGAGCGUGCCUGUGUCCACCACUGUUACCCCAGAUGUGCCCCAGAUUACUGACGUGGACUUUGUGGAAGUCACUGGCACAUCAAUUGGCCUGCGCUGGAACCCACUGAACUACACAGCCAUCACAGGCUACCGCAUCACUGUGGUGGCUGCUGGGGAAAGUGUGCCCAUCUUCGAAGAGAUGGUUGGGCCUGCAACAGGAUACUACACCGUGCAUGGACUGGAACCCAGUGUCAACUAUGAAAUCAGUGUCACCACAGUCACCGAGAGUGGAGAGAGCGAGCCCACCACAAACACACAGCAGACUGCUGUCCCUGCCCCAACCAACCUGCAGUUUGGAGAGGUGGGCCCUGACUCCAUGGAGGUGAGCUGGACUGCCCCGGUAGUGCCCAAACCCAGAGAUAUCAGCCGCUUUGUUGUCCGCUACCACCCCAGCAACAAUGACGACAACAUCAUGGAGCGCAACGUCGGGGGAAACACCAAAAGCAUCCUUCUGCAGGACCUACUGCCAAACACAGAGUACCUGGUGAGCGUGGUGUGUGUGUAUGAGGAGCGUGAGAGCAUUCCUGUCUCUGGCACUCAAAAGACAGCCGUGGACUCUCCCACCGGCCUGGACUUCUCAGACGUAUCCACCAACUCCUUCACCGUCCACUGGCUCGCCCCCCGGGCCUUCCUCACCGGGUACCGCAUCCGCUACCAGAUGGCCAGCGGAGGACGCACCAAGGAUGAGCGGUUGCCACCAUCCCGGAAUCACUUCACUCUGACUGGCUUGGCUUCUGAGACAGAGUACAUCAUCCACAUCUACGCUGUCAGUGGAUCUGAGGAGAGCCUGCCCCUGAUUGGCCGCCAGGCAACUAUCUCUGAUGCUCCAACUGAUCUGGAGGUAGUCUCAUCCACACCCACCAGCAUCUCCAUUCACUGGAACGCCCCCCCAGCCACCGUGCGGUACUAUAGGAUCACUUACGGCGAGACAGGAGGCGAAAGCACUCCCAAAGAGUUCACCAUCCCUGGAACCCAGUCUACUGCAACGAUCCAGAACCUACGCCCUGGUACUGCAUACACGGUCACCGUUUAUGCAGUGACCGGACGAGGAGAUAGCCCGGCCUCUAGCACUCCCAUCCAUAUCACUUACAGGACAGAUAUCGAGUCUCCCUCUGAGAUGGAGGUAACAAAUGUGGAGGAUAAUUCGAUUACAGUCCGUUGGACCCCCGCUGAAGGCCCUGUUACUGGCUACAGGAUCACUGGUACCCCUAAAAAUGGCCAAGGACCCUCCUUCUCAGAGGUGGUUGCUCCUGACCAGACAGAGAUCACCUUCUCAGGCCUGAUGCCCACAUCUGAAUAUGAACUGAGUGUGUAUUCUCUGGGUCAGGAUGUAGAGAGCACACCUCUGGUGGAGACCGCAGUCACCACUGUGGACCGCCCUAAAGGCCUGACUUUCUCUCAUGUGGAGACCACAUCUCUAAGGAUCUCCUGGGAGAGCCCCGAUGGGGUGGUGACAUCAUACAGAGUGUUGUAUUCCAGCCCAGAGGAAGAAGAGCAUGAGCUGCACCCUGCACCCCAUGGGGAGGAUGAGACUGCUGAGCUUCAUGGCCUUCAUCCUGGGACCGAAUACACAGUCAAGGUCAUCGCCAUUCAUGAUCGCACCCCAAGUCUACCUCUGAUUGGAACACAGGCCACAGCCAUUCCUGCUCCCACUGACCUGGAGUUCUCCCAGGUGGGCCCCACCACCUUCACCAUCACCUGGAAGGCCCCCACUGCACAACUUUCUGGGUAUCGUGUGGUCAUCAACCCUAAGAGCAGGACUGGCCCCCCUAAAGAACUCAACCUGGCCCCUGACACAACCCAAGUUGUGGUGCCAGGACUUAUGGUUGCUACAGCAUACGAGGUACAGGUCUACGCUCUGAAGAACUCUAUCACUAGCCGACCUCUCCAUGGAGAGGUCACCACCUUACAGCACAUCAGCCCCCCUCGUCGGGUGCGCAUCAUUGACACAAAUGACUCCACCAUCACCCUGACUUGGCGUUCCAAGACGGAAACCAUCACAGGUUUCCUCAUUCAAGCUAAGCCCAUGAAUGGUGGCCAUGCGCCCAUCCAGAAGACCAUCCCACCCAGCGAACCCUCCUACACCAUUACCGGUUUGCUGCCAGACACCCCCUAUACAAUCCACAUCUACACACUUAAUGGAAAUGCUCGCAGCGCCCCCUUCACCCUGACAGUCACCACAGGCAAACCAGCUGUGGAACCUCCUACAAACAUCCACUUCACCUCUUUGACCCCCAACUCCAUCACCUUCUCUUGGGAACCUCCACGCACUCGCAUCACUGGCUACUACAUCACCUACGAGGAGUCUAAUGGAACCCCCAGGGAACUCAUUCCUCGCCUUCAUGCUGGCAUGAGCCACGCCACCAUCUCUGGUCUGAAGCCAGGCACAGAAUACAUUAUUAAGAUCAUUGCCUUGCAGAAUGCCCGGAGGAGUACUCCUCUGGUGGGAAGGGCUAGAACUCAAGAGGAUGUGCAGCUGCUGGUGCCUCAGCUCCCUAUCCCACAUCACCGUGGCCCUGAUGUCCUGGAUGUGCCUCAGGUCCUGCCUGCUUUCGAGGACAACAGCGUGCAGCUCAUGGGCACCAGCGGGCAGAACACGCUAGACCAGCAGGGCCAAUACGUCUACACAGAGUACCAGAGCCUGGGCAACAAUGGGCAGGGCGAGCCCCUUGGGGGCCACACCAGCAUCCCGCUGGUAUACGUCCCACAGGCGGGCCCCGAUGGGGUGCGCGUUCCUGUGGUGCGUGUCAAUGAGGAGCCCUCGUUGGGCUUUCCUUUCGGUUUUCCAGAGAACGACACGGGGCUGCCCCAGGAGGCCCUGACCCAGACCACAAUCUCCUGGGAGCCACUGCAGCACAGCUCUGCAUACGAGGUGUUCUGCCACCCCAUCACCAACAGCAACGAGAAGAUGUUCCAGAUGCGUCUGCCAGGUACCUCCACUAGCGCCACGCUCAUUGGCCUGACCUCCGGGGCCUCUUAUAACGUCAUUGUAGAAGCGUUGAAGGGGAACCUAAGACACAGGGUUCUGGAGGAGAUCAUUACUGCAGGAAGUACAGUUCCAGGUGGCCUACCCUCCAACAGAGAUAUGUGCUACGACACGUUCACAGCCACGUACCACGAGGUGGGAGCCGAGUGGGAGCGCAUGUCCGAAAUGGGCUUCAAGCUCUGGUGCAAGUGUCUCGGCUUGGGCAGCGGACACUUCAGAUGCGAUUCCUCCAGGUGGUGUCACGACAAUGGUAACAACUAUCACAUUGGUGAGAAAUGGGAACGGCAAUCUGAGAAUGGUCACACAAUGAGCUGCACCUGCCUCGGCAACGGGAAGGGAGAGUUCAAGUGUGAGCCACAUGAGUCCACCUGCUACGAUGACGGGAAGAUGUACCGUGUGGGUGACCAGUGGCAGAAGGAAUACCUCGGAUCCAUCUGCACUUGUACCUGCUUUGGUGGACAGCAGGGCUGGCGCUGUGAGAACUGCCAGCGGCCUGGCGCAAACAUUGACACAUCGCUGUCCCAGCCACUAAGCCCUGACAUAUUGGAUCGGUACCGAGUCAACACCCUGCGCAAGAACAUCCAGUGUCCCAUCGAGUGCCUCACACGAGACCUCCUCGCAGAUGCACAGAACCCCCAGGAGUAAAGGAAGGUCCUGCACAGCUCCGUCCACCCCCUCCUCCUAGUGAUGCCAAGGAGACCCACCUAAGACUGUAGCUUCACCUUUGUGCCUUAGCCUUUUCUAACCACCCUUCCAGCUGCUUCUCUACCUCCAGACCACCUGCAGCGCCACAUCCAAAGAGUCCUGCCAAGCAGCUCUUGCCUUUUGUUUGUUUUGUCUGUGUGUGUAUUUUUAUUUUAUUUUAAUUUUUUCUGCCUUUUUUGAGUCACUUUAAUAGGAAAAGAACAUUCCAUGUAGUGUUUUCUGGUAAGCUGUCCACCAUUUCUCUAAGACCAUGGGGGGUUAAGACCCUUAGUCAGAACAGGAAUAUCCAUCCCUGUCCAGCUGUAUGAUAAGAGCUACCCCCAUGGUCAGCUUAGACUGGUUGUUAGGUCUAGUUCAACCUUAUCUCCCUCCUACUGUGACAUUUGAACUGAGCAGAGGCCAAGGGCCUGAACUGUCUUCUGACAUGUAAGUGAUUUUACUUUUCAAGGCUACCUGUCCAGUAUUAUUGCCCCUGCCGUUUCCUGCGCUCAAACUAAGCACUGUUCUAGGAAAUGCAAGUUGGAGUUGUGCAUGAAUGCAAACUUGCGUACCGUGCGUCUUCUCCCAUGGCACCUGCUCUUCACAGCACGGUGCAGCACUGUUUGACAUUUUACUGAUUUUUAACUUUUUACAAGUGCCUUUUUCAGCUCACUUUAUUUAUCCCUUUUCAUGCAAGCAUUUUGUGAUUCUACAAAUUGAGGUGUAAACUUUUUUUUUUUAUUUUAUUUUUAUACUAUAGGUGCCAUUGUCUUUACUACUGUGGACAGAAAUUCCCUUUUUAAUAAAGUUUCACCACAACCCA